ACAGCAUCCGACGGUCAGGAUCCGACCCAAUAAACCCAAGACCCGACCCGCAAACAUCCUCCAUCUAAAAACCUUCGAACGUUCCCCAAUUCAUAGUUUUCAGCUCAUACCCAGAACCGGAUCUUCAUUUCUUGAAACAAAUCUUCAAGAAUCCAUCAAAAUUUCAAAACCCCACAUCUCACUUUCCCCAAAAUCCCAUCUUUUACCCUCCAAAUCUUCCCAAUUUCACAUGAAACAUUCGAAUUGACAGCAAAAGAAAAAUGAUCGUUCGGACCUACGGUCGCCGGAGCAGCAGCAACAGCCGAAGCAGCAACAGCAACAGUUUAAAUUUCGAAGAAACAGAUUCUUUAUCUCACGAAAGCCCUCAAGAAUUAGACCCCAGUACCAACGAUAUAUUCAAUUUCGAUUUUUUGAAAAACCCAUCUCAAGAAUCUGUAAAGAAUCCCUUCUCUUUCGAUUCUUUUGAUUCCGACCCGUAUUGUUUCGAUUCGUCCGAGGAAUCGAGGAAAUUGCCGCCAAGAUCGAAGAAACCUAAGACGGAAUCGAAGGAGAAGAAGAAAGGGAAGAAAGAGAAACAGAAACAGAAAGAGAAAGAGAAAGUGGUGGUGAGUGAAACGGCGACGUUGAUGGAGACACAAGAGUUUGGGGAAAUGAUGGAGCAUGCUGAUGAGGUGGAUUUUGCUUUGGAUGGGUUGAGAAGAGGGCAGCCGGUGCGAAUUCGACGAGCGAGUUUGCUGUCUUUGUUGAUGGUUUGUGGGACUUUACAGCAGCGCAGACUCUUGAGAACACAUGGGAUGGCAAAGACGAUUAUUGAUGCUGUAUUGGCGCUUACUCUUGAUGACGUUCCUAGUAACCUGGCUGCCGCAGCUUUAUUUUUUGUGUUGACAAAUGAUGGCCAUGAAGAUUACAUUUUGGAUUCGCCUAAUGCCAUCCGGUUCUUGUUAAAGCUAUUGAAACCAGUAACUACAAAUGUUAUUAAAAAUAAAGUUUCAACCCUUGGUAGCAAACUUGUAGCCCUAAGCAAAGAUGCUUCCAUUUUUAACGAUGGAAAGGGAGAUGAAUCGACUGCUAUUGCUAUUUCGCAAAAAGUCGAGGAAAUUCUUGUGAGUUGCAAAGAAUUAAAGCAAAGAAGUGCAAGCGAUAGUGACGCAAAAAGACCCGAACUGAAUCCAAAAUGGGUCGCUUUACUAACGAUGGAGAAAGCUUGUUUAUCCACUGUUUCUCUUGAAGAGACAACCGGGACCGUCAGAAAGAUGGGGGGCAACUUCAAAGAAAAACUACGAGAGCACGGGGGACUCGAUGCUGUUAUCGAAAUCAUGCGGGAAUGUCAUGGCACUAUGGAGGGAUGGUUAGAACAAUCUACAUCUCCGACCCACGAGUCCAAAAAUAUUGUUAACCUAGAAAGCCCGAUGCUUUUAUUGAAGUGUUUGAAAAUCUUGGAAAAUGCUACGUUUCUUAGUAAUGAUAACCAGAGCCAUUUGCUUGGGGUGGAAGACGACGGCUUUGAUUAUCGGCGUGUUUCUCAGUCUUCGACAAAACUUAUUCUUAGUGUUAUUAAGAUUCUUUCGGGCCUUUCUCUAGUAAAAAAAUCUUCAUUGAGUCCUGAAAUUAGUAAUGGAAACCAUCUUUCCAAUGGGACCGUUCUGGCUGACGACAAAGUUGACAACGAUGAGAUCGUAUGUAUCGGUUCCUCAAUCGAGAAUUGCAGUAUGGACUGGCUUCCUUCCCAGAAGAAUUCUAACGUAUCCAAAAAAAACCAAAAUUCGUUUCAUAAUCAAGCGGGUUCCUCAAAAUCCGAUCCGGUUUCUGGGUUCAAUAGUAGUUUGCUAAAGACAAAACCAAAAUCAAAACCUUCAACUUCUAAAUCAAGGAGUGGUACAUCGAGCGGUUCGUUAACAAAAGUAGGUAAAAAAUCUGGAACUAGUCAACGCAGUAAGUUUGACUUUGAGGAUAGUCAAGAUCCUUUUGGCAGCGAUGACCCUUUUGCAUUUGAUGAAGAAGAAGAUGGACCGACAAAGUGGGACGUACUGUCCGGGAAGAAUGGUAUGUCUCAAAGUCAAAAAAGCAAUUCCGCUGUUGAAGAAGUUGAAGACGAAGAGUCAAAGUUUGACUUAAUGAUGAUGAGUCAACAAGAUUCGACCAAUGUGGAACCACCCCAUGAUUCUUCUCAAGCUUCUUGUUCUUACGUCAAUGAUGAUGAAAAGUUCAGUCUUUUGGCCGAUUGCCUUCUUGCAGCAGUGAAGGUUUUGAUGAACAUAACAAACGACAAUUCUGUGGGGUGUGAACAAAUUGCCGCGUGUGGAGGAUUGGAGACGUUAUGUGGUUUGAUAGUCGGUCAUUAUCCGUCGUUCAAUUCACAUUUGCCGAAUUUCGGUGACGGAAAAGACAAAUCAGUCCUUGAGGUUGAUAACGAUGAAAAUAAACGCCUUAAUGAUCAAGAAUUGGAUUUUCUCGUCGCAAUACUUGGAUUGCUUGUUAAUUUGGUCGAGAAGGAUGGGCAUAACAGAGCACGUCUUGCAGCUACCAGUAUAUCGAUACCAACGUCCGGUGGCUUGGAUUAUGAAACUACGGAAGUAAUUCCUCUACUCUGUUCGAUAUUUUUGGCAAAUCAAGGUGCCGGUGAAGCUGCGGAAGAAGAAAGACAAUCGGCUUGGAGCAAUGAGGAUCUUGUUUUGGAGGGAGAAAAAGAGGCAGAAAAAACGAUUGUCGAAGCGUACUCGGCCCUUCUUCUUGCAUUUCUAUCUACAGAAAGUAAAAGCAUACGUAACGCCAUUGCUGAAUGUCUUCCAAACCGCAAGGUUUCUGUUCUUGUGCCCGUCUUGGAGAGAUUCGUGGACUUUCACAUGUCGUUGAACAUGAUCUCGGAGGAGACUCAUUCUAUGGUGCUCGAGGUAAUAGAAUCAUGUAGGAUGCACUGAAAGUGGAAAAAAAAAGUAAUCGAAUGAUGAUGUAUGAACAAGCGGAAUGAUAGAUGUUCAUUGAUGGACGUCUUGUACAGCUUCAACUUCCUCUUCGAAGAGGAGUAAGAUAGGAUCGAUCAUGUUAUAGUCUUAUUAACCACAUUGACCUCCAUUACUACAUAUUGUCAUAUUUUCGGUCUAAUAUUCAUUUUAUGUGAGGUUUUUCUUUUCUUUAGUAAGAUGUGUAUUCACCAUCUCGGUGGUGUUUGUAAUACGUGGCUAUGUACUUGUGGUUGUAUGCGUCGUCGAGUUUAAGGAGUCUUUUUAGUGUUUUGUAGCUUGUUAAUCAUGCUUUCUGUUGGCGACU